UUCGAAGCGUAUCGAAAAAAGGAAUCAAAGAGAAUGAAAGCAAACUUUUACACUUGUCAACUUCUGAUGAUGACAAAAGCGAUUUGGUUAAUUUACAUAAAAGCUCGCAUGAUUGUUGGUAGUUGGGAAGCAGCUCAGGCAUUACGUCUAAAUAUAUCAAAACAAUUGUUCGAAAGACAUCAACUAAUUGGAUUAUUACUUGAUGGUGUUUGCGCUGAUUUUGUACCAAAUGCUAUUGAUGAAUUCAAUGCAACUAAAUUUUCUGGCGUAAAUAUUGAGGAGCCAAUUGGAUUGAAUUUAACAGCAUUAUCACUAGCUGGCAUUAAUUUAACAGAAUUGGCUGAAAAAUUACGGAAUGAUAGUGAAGUUGAUUUAAUUUUGAGUGUAACAAAAUGA